AUGACUAUAGGAAGAAAUAAAACUUCUGUAACUAUAUUCACCCUCCAAGGAAUCUCAGAUGAACCAGAGUUGCAGGUUAUCUUCUUUGUACUAUUCCUGGGAAUCUAUAUCAUGACUUUAACUUGGAACUUGGGCCUCAUUAUCCUCAUCAGGAGUGACUCUCAUCUUCACUUCCCCAUGUACUUCUUUCUUAGUUUUCUGUCCUUCAUAGACAUCUGCUACUCUUCCUCUAUUACCCCAAGAAUGCUCUCUGACUUCAUCCUGGUAGAAAAAACAAUUUCCUUCCUGGCCUGUGCUACUCAAUAUUUCUUUUUGGCCUGGAUGGGGCUGGCUGAGUGUUGUCUCUUGGCAGUCAUGGCAUAUGACCGUUAUGUGGCCAUCUAUAGCCCACUGAGGUAUUCUACCAUCAUGCAUCUGCCAAUCUGUGGAAAAUUGGUGGCUGGGGCAUAUGUGGCUGGGUGCCUGGGUAGCUUAGUUCAAACAACAGCUGGUUUCCGUAUUCAUUUUUGUGGCCCAAAAAUAAUUAAUCACUUUUUCUGUGAUAUACCUAAGAUCAUAGCCCUGUCCUGUUCUAACCCCUUCAUCAAUCAAUUCAUGGUGUUUUUGGUAGCGCUUUGUAUUGGGUUAUUCUCAUUCCUCUUUAUCAUCAUGUCCUAUGUGUAUAUCACAGUCACUAUCCUAAAAAUGCCCUCAGCCAAGGGAAGGGCCAAAGCCUUCAACACCUGUGCCUCUCACCUGACUGCUGUUAAUCUCUUCUUUGGAACUGCCUUUUGUGUGUACCUGCAUCCCAACUCUGGCCAUUCCCCACACCUGGACAAAGUGUUGUCUGUCUUUUAUGCCAUCCUCAUCCCCGUGCUAAAUCCCAUGAUCUAUAGUCUCAGGAAUAAAGAAAUCAAAGAUGCCCUGAAAAGACUCAUGAAUAGGGGAAAAUUGUCCUAAUAAUUAUGCAUCUAGUUGUCUUUAUUAUAAUUAGUUAAUAAAUCUUAUAAUAAAUAUGGGGAUGGAUUUCUGUGAUUUGAGUAGUAAAAUGAAGUCCUAGUGUUGAAACUCCCUUCAC